AGAGGGGCGUGGCUUUCUUUGCCGGGGAGGCCACCGCCCCUCCGUCCGCGGUCCAUCCCUCGGAGCCACCGUCCCGAGAAGCGGCGUCGGCUUCUUUCUCUCAUGCGCUGGCGGCGCUUUCUGUACGGCGCUCUUUCGGCGAGACCAGGAUCAGCUCAUUGCUUGCCAAGGAGGAGAAACCAAGUCUCAUUGUAUUAUCGCACUCUGAAAGGACUUUAGAGAAGCAGAAGUUAUGACGGGACCAAGGCCAGUCGUCCUGAGCGGACCUUCGGGCGCAGGGAAAAGCACUUUGCUGAAGAAGCUGCUGAAGGAUUAUGAGAACGUCUUUGGCUUCAGCGUCUCCCGUGAAUACCACAAGGAAGCCAAGGCCAGGAGAAGUCAACGGAAAAGAUUACCAUUUUGUGACCAGAGAAGAGAUGCAGAAGGAAAUUGAUGCUGGAGGAUUCAUUGAACAUGCAGAGUUUUCUGGGAACAUGUAUGGAACAAGCAAAGUUGCUAUCCAGGCUGUCCAAGCACAGAACCAAAUCUGCAUUCUGGAUAUUGACAUGCAGGGUGUGAAGAACAUCAAGAAGACGGACCUUAAUCCAAUCUAUAUCUCUGUCCAACCCCCAUCCAUAGAAGUCUUGGAAAAACGGUUACGGGACAGACAGACGGAAACGGAAGAGAGUUUACAGAAGCGGCUAAAUGCCGCUGGUAUCGACAUGGAGCUCAGUAAGGAGCCUGGUCUUUUUGACUUGAUCAUCGUCAAUAACAAUUUGGAAGAAGCAUAUACCGAACUGAAGAACAUUCUUGCCGAUGAAAUCCAGAAGGCACAGGGAUCGAAGAAAUCAUGAAAAUCCCAGGGUGCGGAGGCUGGGACCGUGUCGACAUUCCCAAUGUCUUUUACUGAUUGUUGUUCUGUGCUAGAGAGAAAUAAACACACACAUUCCCUUUUA